GAGGAGCGAGUCGCGCGCUACUGACGUCACCAGCACGCGCCCCGUCUGCUGCAGUCCGCCGGCGAGGGAGUUACGCACGUCCUGAUUCUCCUGGAGUCUCCAGCCCGCCCAGUGGCCGCAGUCACCCAGGUCCAGAGGCGGCGGUAUCACAGGCUCUCCGACAUGUCUAUGCUGGCUGAACGUCGGCGGAAGCAGAAGUGGGCUGUGGAUCCUCAGAACACUGCCUGGAGUAAUGACGAUUCCAAGUUUGGCCAGCGGAUGCUAGAGAAGAUGGGGUGGUCUAAAGGAAAGGGUUUAGGGGCUCAGGAGCAAGGAGCCACAGAUCAUAUUAAAGUUCAAGUGAAAAAUAACCACCUGGGACUCGGAGCUACCAUCAAUAAUGAAGACAACUGGAUUGCCCAUCAGGAUGAUUUUAACCAGCUUCUGGCCGAACUGAACACUUGCCACGGGCAGGAAACCGCAGAUUCCUCAGACAAGAAGGAAAAGAAAUCUUUUAGCCUUGAGGAAAAGUCCAAAAUCUCCAAAAACCGUGUUCACUAUAUGAAAUUCACAAAAGGGAAGGAUCUGUCAUCUCGGAGCAAAACAGAUCUUGACUGCAUUUUUGGGAAAAGACAGAGUAAGAAGACUCCCGAGGGCGAUGCCAGUCCCUCCACUUCAGAUGAGAACGAAACCACGACAACCAGUGCCUUCACCAUCCAGGAGUACUUUGCCAAGCGGAUGGCGGCACUGAAGAACAAGCCCCAGGUUCCAGUUCCAGGGUCUGACAUUUCCGAGACGCAGGUGGAACGUAAAAGGGGGAAGAAAAGAAAUAAAGAGUCCACAGGUAAAGAUGUGGAAAGUUACCUCCAGCCUAAGGCCAAGAGGCACACGGAGGGAAAGCCCGAGAGGGCCGAGGCCCAGGAGCGAGUGGCCAAGAAGAAGAGCGUGCCAGCAGAAGAGCAGCUCAGAGGCCCCUGCUGGGACCAGAGUUCCAAGGCCUCUGCUCAGGAUGCAGGGGACCAUGUGCAGCCGCCUGAGGGCCGGGACUUCACCCUGAAGCCCAAAAAGAGGAGAGGGAAGAAAAAGCUGCAAAAACCAGUAGAGAUAGCAGAGGAUGCUACACUAGAAGAAACGCUAGUGAAAAACAAGAAGAAGAAGAAGAAGAAGAAGAAGAAAGAUUCCAAAUGAAUCCUUCCCAGCCGGGGCCUUCCGACCACUCAGCUGUCAGGGCACUGCGGGGGCAGACACCUCUGGCCUGAAGUCACAGCAGAGUUCACCCCAGAGCGCCUGGGCGCAUCUUGUGGCAUGCCCAUGGGCUGCCGAGUCCUGCCCUCUCGCCACAUUUCCCCCAAGUUACAUUCCCAGGAGGACCUUUUUAAUGUUCUCAAUCGUGGCUCUCAGACACAAAUAAAUUUUUUUGUAAAGUCUGAGCCCUUCAGCAAGAGAGUUUAAUUAUAAUCAUUACAAAUACAUGCAUUCAUGUAAGUGUGCACACGUGUGUGUGCAUGCGCGCAUCUGUGUGUGUGUGUGUGUGUGUGUCACUAUCUCCGUUUGCUCUCGGUUCCCUUCAAUAACAAUGAAUGGUGCUUUCUUCUGAAAGACUCAGCCUAAUUAAAGGAUUAAGAGGCAAUAGCUUGGAUUCAGAUUGUUCUUUUUGUUCUGUAGCCAACCAACAUUUUUGCCAAGUAGAAAUUAUAUGAUUACAUUCCCAAAUCAGAGAGGUUUUUUGUUGUGUUUUGGUUUUGAUGGGGAAACGCGUUAACGCCCUCCCCCUCCACUAAGCAGUGGCAGCCGACUGUUCUGAGCGCUUCCCCCGCCUCUGCCAAGCUUCAGCAGUGGACAGACUCAGGGCCAGUGUCAUCUCUCAGCUCUCACAGGAGGACUCUUGCCGUUCCUGUGCCGAGUGUGGGUUCUCUCAUAUGUUUCCUUUUGGGGGUCCUUCAGAACAAAUCACCUAAUACUGAUUUAUCUGUCACAUGGCUGUAAAUAGUGACUUAUUUGUCAUGAUCAGGAGGUCCUCAGAAGGCUUAAGAAACUGAGAGGCUAAGGCCGUGAAAUUAAAGUCAGUCUUUGGAUUGGGACUGCCUUAUGAAAGUCCUUAGAGCAAAAGACACCUUUCAGCCCUGCUCCCAGCAGUGGUGUCGCAGCACCAUGCUUGUGCCGCCCUCGCCCGCCGCGCCUUGGCCCGUCUCCUUGUGUGCCAGCCGAACUCUCCCUGUGGGUUCACUCGGAUGCCUGUAGACACUUCACACCAUCCCUGGGACACAGGAGAAGAAAACGCUCAGCUGAGGUUCUGGAGUCCGGCCCUGCCACCUUCCCAGCCCUGUGUCUGCCGUUCUGCCCUCUGCGCCGCCUUCAUCUCCUCCUGCUGUUCCUCUUCAUCCGCGUACGCGUUUAUUCCCUCUUUCUCACGCUCCCCUCCUAGUUCCCAGUUUCCCUGCACCCCCUUUCCCCACGUCCCCAUGUCCCCAGCCUACCAUGGAGGCCUUGAGGCUGCCUGGCCCUGCUUCAGGCAAACCUGGCUGAGGCCCAGGCGGUGUGUUGUCCUCCAUUUGAUAUAGAGAUUGUGGCUGGUGACGGGAACUCAAACUUGCCCCCAAUUCGGUGACCUUUUCCCCUUGAUUUUAACUCUCAAGGUCACACAUUAGACAGGAAGCAUGGUCCCGAGAUUCUUGAAAUGUAGAGAAAAUACAUGAAGGACAUUUGGCUGUAGUCUCUAAGGAUGCUGCGCAGUGCUAUUUGUUUGAAAAGAGACACACACACACACAGAGAAGAGUCUUAUGAAUAUAGAGCCUGAUGACUCGUCUCUUGAGUUUUUCAUGUCCCCCCGAGUUUAGAAUCCCAGGCUAAUAGAGCCUCAGCGGUUUCUGAAGUCACUUUCUCCACAGAGGGCACAUGCCCAGGUUCUCUCUGCCUGUCCCAUCUUGCCUGUGAAACCAGAGAUCCAGAAAGAAGUGGAAUGCAUGGAACCUAAGGGGAGCUAACUUUCAAAAAUAAAUAGAUGCUGAUUGGUUGU